AUGGCUCCCGCUGCUACCUCGUCCAAAUCGAACGCCGACCCUCGUGAGCAACAGCUUAACAUCUCUGGUCAGAACCGUGUCGCCAUCUUCGACAAGAAGGGCGGUCCCGUCUCGGUCAAGGAUGUUCCCAUCCAGAGGGACCUCAAGCGAGGUGAGGCCCUCGUCCGCGUCAUCUACUCUGGUGUCUGCCACACCGACCUGCACGCCAUGCUCGGUGACUGGCCUCUGGACAACAAGCUUCCUCUGGUCGGUGGACACGAAGGUGCUGGUGUCGUCGUAGCCCUCGGCGAGGGCGCUGACCAGUACGUCAAGGUCGGCGACCGCGUCGGAAUUAAGUGGAUCGCCACUUCGUGCCUCAACUGCUCCUUCUGUAGGAUUGGUGCCGAGCCCAACUGCCCCAACGCCCAGUGCUCCGGCUUCAGCGUCGACGGUUCUUUCCAGAAGUACGCCGUUUCUUACGCCAACCACCUGUCGAUCAUCCCUGAUGAACUGCCCCUCGACGAGGCCGCUCCCAUCCUCUGCGCUGGUGUCACCGUCUACAAGGCUCUCAAGGAAGCCAACCUGACCCCUGGUCAGUGGGUCGCCAUCCCCGGUGCUGGUGGAGGAUUGGGACACUUGGCUGUCCAGUACGCCGUCUACGCUGGUUACCGAGUCAUCGCCAUCGACACUGGCUCCGACAAGAAGGCGCUUUGCGAAAAGCUCGGCGCCGAGCGAUUCAUCGACUUCAAGACCAGCAAGAACCUCGUUGACGACAUCAAGGCCGCUACCCCCGACGGAUUCGGUCCCCAGGCUGCCGUCGUCGCCGCUUCCGGUGCAGCUGCCUACGAACAGGCUCUUGACUACAUCCGUCCUCGUGGUGUGCUCGUUGCCGUCGGUCUUCCCGGCCAGGCCGACAUCAAGGCCAACGUCUUCUUCACCGUCUUCCGCUCCGUUCGCGUCGUCGGAUCGUACGUCGGUAACCGACAGGACGCUCAGGAGGCGCUCGACAUUGCUGCUACCGGCAAGGUCAAGACCACCUACAAGACCUUGGGUCUCUCGCAGCUCCCGCAGGUGUAUGACGACAUGCAGAGCGGAAAGAUCGCCGGCAGGAUCGUGCUCGACAUCGACCAGUAG